CCCAGCAGUUUAGCUUUGCUCGCCGCGGUUUCGAUUUUCUGCUGCAUCUCUUCCACCUCAAGACUUAUGAUCAAUCUACACAAAAACAACGACAAUCAUCUUGAUGUAAACGAUGCACCCACGAAACAAAUGAUCCUGAUUUCGCUUCCCAAACCCACUAGAAGCUCUGUUCUCGAACUUCACGUCUCGAAUGCUUCAGCCAAAGGUGAUCACGAAGCCGCGGAUGCCACGAACUACGAUAAAACGGAAGGAAUUCAGAGUCAAUUGGCAGAAGAAGUUCCAACCGCCCCGAAAGUCGAAGAAGAUGAUGAUGCCCCUGAUACCUCGGUCGACAAUAGAAGGGAAGAUGCUGAGAGUCAAUUGCCAGAACAAAGUCUAGCUGCUCCAAUUGAUGAUGAUGCCCCCGAUGCCUUGGACGACAGAAAGGAAAGAGUUGGUAGUCAAUUUCCAAAAGAAAGUCUAGCCGGUACAAAAGUUGAAGUUGUUGAGGAAGCCCAUGAUGACAAUAGAAAGGAAGGAACUCAGAGUCAAUUGUCGGAAGAAAGUUCAGCCUCUCCAAUAGUUGAUGAUGAAGCCCCUGAUGCCUUGGACAAUAAUAGGGAAGAAACUCAAAUUCAAUUGACCGAAGAAAGUUCAGACUCUCCAAUAGUCGAAGUUGAUGAUGAAUCCCCUGAUACCUUGGACAAUAGGAGGGAAGAAACUCAGAGUCAACUGCCAGAAGAAAGCCUAGAUGCUCCAAUAGGAAACUCCCUCAACGACGACGAUGUGUACCAUGACGACGAUCUCUUUUUCGAACAUUACAAGGAAAUGAACAGGAGUUUGAAAAUCUACGUUUACCCCCACAGCCCGAACGAGCCCUUCGCCAACGUGCUCCUACCGGUGGCUUACGAACCGGGGGGAAACUACGCCAGCGAAAGUUACUUCAAAAAGGCCCUCAUGAAAAGCCAUUUCGUUACCGAGGACCCCUCCGACGCAGACUUCUUCUUCUUACCUUUCUCCAUUACCGAGAUGAGGUUCGACAAGAGGAUUAACGUGGGCGGGAUCCAGAGUUUUGUGAGAGAGUACGUCUCCGGCAUUCAACAGAAAUACCCUUUCUGGAACAGGAGUGGCGGGGCUGAUCAUUUCUACGUGGCCUGUCAUUCUGUUGGGAAAAUAGCCAUGGCAAAGGCUGCUGAAGUUAAGGACAAUGCCAUCCAAGUGGUGUGCUCUUCGAAUUACGCUGCGGAAGCGUAUCUGCCUCACAAGGAUGUUUCUUUGCCUCAGAUUUGGCCGCGAAAAGCGAAUCCUCCACAAGAUGAACCACCAAAAAGGGAGAGGCUGGCCUUUUACGCCGGAGCAAGGAACUCCCAGGCGCGAAAAUACCUCGUCGAAACAUGGCAAAACGACUCGGACAUCUUCGCCCACGCCGGCCGCCUCAGCACCCCUUACGAAACAGAGUUCCUCAGGAGCAAGUUCUGCUUCCACGUCAAAGGCUACGAAGUCAACAACGCCCGGAUCGGCGACGCCCUAUACCACGGCUGCGUCCCCGUGAUCUUGGCCGACCACUACGACCUCCCGUUCGGGGACAUCCUGAACUGGAAGAGCUUCUCUGUCGUUGUCGAAACAAGGGAUAUUCCACUGAUGAAGAGUAUCUUGAAAGGCGUUGGGGGUGAGGAAUAUUUGAGGCUGCAGAAGAAUGUUGAAAAGGUGAGCAAACAUUUCCAGUGGCAUGGGGAACCAGUCGAGUAUGAUGCUUUCCACAUGGUUAUGUACGAGUUGUGGCUUCGAAGAAAUUACGUGAGGGUUCCGCUGUCUUGAAUAGGAGCGGAACCUUCGCAUGGGGUAUAAGUCGCACGAACGAACCCACAAUUGUCACAAGCAGCAUCUCUCACUUCUGCCGUAUUAUUGAAGGGAUCGAAUGAGAGAGAAUCGUUACGUGUGAUAAAAAGGGUAUGCCUAUAAUAAUAUAUAUCGUUCUGGUGAUGGAGCACCAGAAUGAUGUGAUGGAGCACCAGAAUGAUAUGUUUCGGCGGACUUUAAUAAGCUUGGAGGGUUCGCAGCUUUUCGAUUUUUUUUUUGGUAAAUUUCUCUUUUUGUAAUGUCUGGGUUGAUAUGGGUUUUGGGGUUUCAUCCCUGGAUUAUGGUGGGGGGUACAGUUUACAAGGGCUAGUUGAGAGACACAAAAAAUAUGCUCAUUGACGCAUGUAUAUACCACACAUUCUUCACAGGUUAAACAAUGAAAUAAUAACCCUUCUCUUU